UACAACUGGGAUACAUAAAAAACAUGAAAAGCCAAUUAACAGGAUUUCUUAUGAACUUUUGCAUUUCUUUUUCACUUGCUUUGUAUUUUCAUAGUGGAGAAAGAGAAGAGAAAUGCAUAAUCGAAGACGUUCCCAGUGACACGUUGGUAAUUGGGAAUUACAAAGUACAACGCUGGGAUAUACAUAAGCAAGACUUUCUGGAGUCUGCUCCUGGUUUGGGAAUGUUUGUGACUGUCACAACUCCUGCUGCUGAGGUACUAUUGUCAAAACUGUAUGGGCCACAAGGAACAUUUUCUUUUACAUCCUAUCUAUCUGGGGAGCAUGUUAUCUGUUUACAGUCUAACUCCACAAGAUUUGUGGCAUUUGCAGGAAGUAAACUGCGUAUCCAUUUGGACAUUAGAGUUGGAGAACAUUUUUUGGAUGAAUCUGUUGUUCAAGCCAAAGACAAAGUGAAUGAAGUUAACUUUAGACUAGAACAUCUAAUUGAGCAAAUUCAUCAUAUAUCCAAAGAACAAAACUAUGAAAGAGAGCGUGAAGAAAAAUUUCGGAAGACAAGUGAAGAAACCAACAGCAAUAUUUUGUGGUGGGCUAUUGUACAAACACUAAUCCUCAUCUCCAUUGGAAUCUGGCAAAUCAAAUCUCUCAGAGAUUUCUUCAUAUCUAAGAAGCUUGUUUAAGUCUUAUAAAGUAAAUGCACAUAUUCAAAAAUUGCACACCAUGUAAUACCUAACAUCCAAAGGAACCCUGCAUCUAUGAGAAAAUUGGUUGUAUAUGAUUCUCAAUCUUCUUUCAUCUUCUAUUCUGAUUCUUACUCUAACUCUGGUUUCCCCAUCUAUAUCACAACCUCUGGCAUCCCCU